UCAUUACAAAUCAUGACAAUCGGUUAGCGUGGCUCACAUUUGAUGGGAACAAUUGGUCUAUUUAACACUGUAAAUUGCAGGCAGUGUUAAAUGUGAUCUGUAAACCAAGGGUUCACACGAAAGUCUCUAUCAAAUAAACCUAUUUAAACAUACUCCAUGAUAUUUGUCUUUUUUAGUUUGCAUCUAACAUGGAACGCUUAAAGAAUAUUGUGGUUUUGCUGAUUUUAAUAUUGCCUCCGUUUUAUUGGAGCUCUGUCGGAUAUAGUCACCAACAUCCUGGCUUUGUCCAACGCUUGCAGAUUAAGCCCGGUUGUUUGCAGGUGCCUCAGAAAUACACCGAAGCGACAACUCCGACACCAACAAUAAUCUUUUCUUCGCUGGAGGAGGUCAACAGCAGAGAAGCAGAUUAAUCAUUUAUGAGAAUAAGUUCCCCCCGAGUGUGAGUUCCCUACUCGAAUUAAGCUUAUCGCUUUAAGAUUGUAAAGCCCCCGCUUAAAUGCGGCCUAUAUAAGCGCAGCCACUCCCUGAGAGAUCAUC